AUGUCGGCUGGCACACUCCAUCCCGACUCCAGACCGGAGUCCUCUCCUCAAACGCCUGUUUUCAAUACUACGGAAAUCCUGCUCUACUCUCACAUAGACGAAGAUGACAUUUGGGAAUAUUUACAGCCUAAACAUUACGAAUGGGUUCUGAUCGCGGGAUACAUAAUCGUUUUCUUCGUCUCUCUGAUUGGAAACGCGCUGGUUUGCUUUGCAGUGUGGAAAAAUCACCACAUGCGCACAGUAACCAACUGUUUCAUUGUGAACCUCUCCUUUGCUGACAUCCUCGUCACCGUCAUCUGUCUACCGGCAAGUCUUGUUGUGGAUAUCACCGAAACCUGGUUCUUUGGGAGCACCCUUUGUAAAGUGGUUCCAUACUUGCAGACCAUCUCCGUGUCCGUCUCUGUGCUGACCCUCAGCUGCAUCGCUCAGGACCGCUGGUACGCCAUCUGCCACCCGCUCAUGUUCAAGAGCACGGCUAAGCGGGCGCGCAAGUCCAUCCUCCUCAUUUGGGUGGUGUCCUGCAUCAUCAUGAUCCCCCAGGCCAUUGUCAUGGAGUGCAGUCAGUUCCCAGAGCUCACCAACAAAACCAGCCUCUUCACUGUGUGUGACGAGCACUGGAGCGAUGAGAUCUACCCCAAGGUCUACCACACCUGUUUCUUCAUCGUCACAUACUUUGCUCCACUCUGCCUCAUGGUCCUGGCAUACAUCCAAAUCUGCCACAAGCUUUGGUGUCAGCAGAUUCCAGGAACAUCAUCAGGAGUGCAGAGGAAGUGGCACUCACUGCAGUGUGCCACCCUGGCGUCGGGCUCCGGUCCGUCUGUCAAGGUGAAAACCAGCGCCGUGACGGCGGAGGUCAAGCAGGUCAAAGCUCGGCGGAAGACGGCUCGCAUGCUGAUCGUGGUCCUCUUUGUGUUCGCACUGUGCUACCUGCCGAUCAGUGUCCUCAACGUCAUGAAAAGGGUGUUUGGGACAUUUGCGUACACAAACAACAGAGAGACAGUGUAUGCCUGGUUUACCAUCUCCCACUGGCUGAUAUAUGCGAACAGUGCAGCAAAUCCCAUCAUUUAUAAUUUCCUCAGUGGUAAGUUUCGCGAGGAGUUCAAAGCCGCAUUCUCCUGCCACUGCUACGGUCGCCAGGAGACCGGGGAGAAACAGCGUGUGAGAACGAGAACCAGCACAGAGAGCCGGAAGUCCCUCUCCACUCAGAUGAGCAACCUUGACAGCGUCUCCCGCAUAUAUGACCAUGUGCUGUAG